AUAAUCCCUUGGUUUCAUCGCUUAAUUAGCACAAUUGAAAUGGCUAGCGAUAACCAACGUUUACAAUGUUGUUUCCAGGAAUGGAUGACCAUUCAAGAACAAGAGUUAAGCGAGCUCCUCCAAGCCCUCAACCUAAAAGAAAAUGAUGUCAACUCAUCCGAAAACACGUAUGCCAAACUGGCUGAGAAGUCCAUCAACAGUUUCCAAGAAUACAUUGACAAAAGAAACCAACUGUCUCGCCAGGAUGUUUCAGGCCUUUUUGCACCCUCAUGGAACACUGCCUUGGAGAACUCCUUGCUUUGGAUUGGGGGUUGCAGACCCUCAAUGUACAUUCGACUCACUUACGCACUCUGUGGGUCACAAGUCGAGUUCCAGCUCCUUGAAAUCCUCCAGGGCUUAGCCAGGGGAGACCUUGGCCAGAUUUCAGCAACACAGCUGGGAAAGAUAAACGAUUUGCACAUGAAGACUAUGAAGGAAGAAGAGAGACUGUCGAAUAACUUGGCGAGCUUGCAGGAGAACAUAGCAGACCAGCCCAUAGCCGUGAUUGCAAAAAGGUUGUGCCGGGUCGGUGAAUCAAGUGGGGAAGUAGAUCGUGCACUGGACGAGCACGAGAGUUCUAUGGCGAACAUACUCCAGGAGGCUGAUAAGCUGAGGCUAAGCACGCUAAAGGAAUUACUUGGCAUAUUAACACCAGUGCAGGGAGUGGAUUUUCUCGCGGCAAGUAAGAAGCUUCACCUUUGCAUGCAUGAGUGGGGAAAGACGAGAGAUCAUAGGCAUGGUAGGAACUAAGAAUUCUAUAUAUAAUCUAUAGCAUAAGCAUGUAAAAAUUUUAAUGUAAUUGUUUUAGUUGAUCUGAAUGCAAUUAGCUAGUACUAUCGAUGUAUAAGCAAAACUAUAUAAUAGUAGUAUCUAUUGAAUUUUUUUUUUCUC